AUGACUACGGCGGAUAACGCCGAGCUUGCGUUUCUUUCCGCCUGUCAGACCAUCAUCGGCGACGAAAAGAUCCCUGAGGAAUCGAUGCACCUCGCAGCAGGUAUGCUCGCUGUGGGGUAUGAGGGUGGCAUCGCGACGAUGUGGUCCAUCAAGGAUGACGACACGCCGGUAGUCGACGAGGAGUACCAUAAGGGGCUUCUCGCACUACGCGCAUCGGGCGUGCUUGGCGCUGGAGAGACGGGAGCCGCGUACGCAUUGCACGAGGCAGCUGAGCGGCUGAGGGAGAAGGUUGGGGAGAAAAACGUCCUGUAG